CGGGGGGCAGCCACAGGCCAGCAGUGCCUGCCUGUGUCCAUGGACGUCAGGCAUCCCCAAGCCAUUGCGGCAGCGGUGGAUGAGGCGCUGAACAAGUUCAAGCGGAUUGACAUCCUCGUUAACGGUGCUGCAGGAAACUUUCUGUGCCCAGCCAGCGCCCUGUCCUUCAAUGCCUUCAAGACAGUGAUAGAUAUCGACACCAUUGGCACCUUCAACACCUCCAAAGUUCUCUUUGAGAAAUAUUUCCGGGACCACGGUGGGGUGAUCGUUAACAUCACGGCAACCCUGAGCUACCGAGGGCAGGCCCUCCAGGUGCAUGCUGGUUCUGCUAAGGCUGCCAUAGAUGCCAUGACCCGUCACCUCGCUGUGGAGUGGGGACCCAACAACAUCCGAGUGAACAGCUUGGCGCCGGGCCCUGUCACAGGCACCGAGGGCUACCGGCGGCUGGAUGGGAAACUUAUCGAGGAAGCAAGCCAUUUCAACGCGAUCCCCCUCCAGCGCGCGGGGAACAAGACGGAGAUCGCCCACAGCACGCUGUACCUGGCGAGCCCCCUCUCCUCCUACGUGACGGGCACCACCUUGGUGGUGGAUGGCGGGAGCUGUCUGACCUUUGCCAACAACUUCCCCGCCAUGCUGGAUUUCUGGACUGCAGGAGCAAACAAAAAUCAAUGA